AUGUCUGAUUUGUGCUCGGGAUUCGAGCCGCAGAACUACUUGAAGGAACGAUGCAAAAAAUGUUUUCGUCCAAAGGUGAGCUGAUGCUUAAAAACGAGUGUUUUUGGAUUCCUACCUCUCGACUUGACAAGAACACAAUUUUUUGGGUAGUUUAUCAUUCGCAGACGUAAGUGUCUUCUUUUUCAGCUCGCUCUGUGAAAUUUUUCCUGAAUAGUUAUGCGUGCCAAAUGAUGUUCAUUUUAAAAGGGUUUUUAUCAGGAUAAACAUGUAGAAGAGGUGAUAUCCGUACCAGUCCUCAAAAAAGAACGGAGAAAAAGCUGGAAAGACAGAAAUAUGGACAAUGGAGCACCAGAUGACGGUUUGCUCGAAAAUUUAAUUAUUAUUUGUUUUAGUUGUUUCAGCUUCAGAAGAAGCAGAAUGUUUAUCAGUUUCUUCCUACGUUUCAGCCACAUCAAAGGGCCUAUCUUCUGCUAAAUCUUUAGAAAGUGUCAACGACACAAAAAGCAUGGUAACUGCAGUUAGCGGCAGCAUCUGUGACGAAGAUAGAGCCAUGACUCCAACAGAAAAUGACGUUUUUAUUCCCUCUCAAACUCCUUGAAAUAAGAAAUGAAAUUGCAGAGGUCGUAUGUGAUAUCUCUAAAAGACGAGAUCUCUCAACUGCGAGAUUUGAAUCAGUCACUGAAGGUUUUUUUUUCGAAUUUUUUUCUCAGCUAUUACAUUUUCCCAGUUCCUUUUUUUUCACUUCCAACCGCGAAUGCUCACAAAAAAGCCAUUUCCUGUUGCACUUAACAGCUGCUCUUUUCUUCUAGCGAACUCAUUUUUCAAUUCUUUUGGGAACAUUCUAAAUCUAACUCGGCUUUCAGCAAGAAUUGGCUCAAACGAUAUUGAGGAAAAGGCUGCAAAAUGCAGAAGCAAGCGAGUCUUCUUUACUCAUGAUGUUGGAAGAGCGACUCAACCACGCUGAAAGUCAGCUGCAGGAUUAUCGCGAUGAAAACACAGUCUUGAAAUGCGAGCUGCGAGAGUUGCAGGUUCGCUUCAUUGGUUUAAAAAAAUAUUUAUUUUUCGUCGCUCUUUUUUUAAAUCUUCAUUAUUGAUUCUUCAUCAGAAAAACAGAAUAACAAAAAAAAUCUGAAAAAAAGUAAUAUAUAUACAAAGAAAGGUUCUCCCAAAUUUUUCAGUGUCACUGCAACUAGCCAGAAAAAUUUUUUGGACUGUUUUGCUAAAAUUCGUUUCGAAUAAUAAUAAAACUGGGUUAUCGAAAAUUCACACUUUCAGGAAUCAACAUAUGCAACUACUGACGAUUCACUAAAACAAAAAAUCUCGGCCACCGAAGGUUUAUGCGACGAUCUGAUUGAAGAAAAUGAACAACUGAAAGCGGAAGUCAAAGAUUUACAACACGAAAUCGAAGAAAUGCAGGUAUGUCGAAAUGGUUGAUUAUUUAUAGAUAUUUUCCAGGACCAAUAUCGAGAAGAAGAAAUUGAAGAAUUCCGGGAGCUUCAAAGAGAACUCGAACAAAAUGCCAAAAGUUGUAGAGUUUUACAAUUCAAACUUCGUAAAACAGAGAGACAAAAAGAGCAAGUUGAAGCUGAGAAAGCACAUUUGCAGAUGAAAUUAGAAGUGAGAUUACGAGUGUAGAUUUUUAAGUAUUAUAUUCAAGGAAUCCAACACUUCAACUCCCGGAGGAACGCCCGGUUUUCGGUCAGAGACAGCUCGUGUUAAAGAGCUUGAGUCGGAAAUUCGGAUAGCCAAGGAGGUUUGAGAAGUUUUUUUUUUCAACCGAACUCUUUUUUUUAAGGUGUCAGUACGUCUUCAUAAUGAAUUGGAGCAGACAGAGGAAAAAAGAUGCAAACUUGAAGACGAAGUUUUCUAUCUGAAAGAGAAAGUGCGAGAAAUCCAAACGCAAAACAAAUGGAGGGAAGCGAGAAACAAAACUGAUUUUGCAGUGGUAGUUUCCAUAUUAAAAUACGAGUGAAGGGUUUUUUCAUUCAGAAACGUUUGUCGGCGGAAUUGGCAGCCUCGGCACCGGUAAUCAGUGACAGCGAGAUGAGCAAGGAGCUGAGGGACGCCUUGGAGCGAGAGAUUGACCUUCGCGAACAGCUCCGUUUCGCAGAAGAAGACCUCAAAAGAACACAACUCCGUUUGCAUGUUUGUUCCAGUUUCUUUACAUUCUUACGAGGAAGUGAGAUGUUCAUUUCUAAACUUUUCAGGACGUUGAGAAUGAAAACGAGGAAUUAGUUAAGAAACUGUCGAAAGCUUCUAAACUUCGUCCUCCUAUGAUUCGGUCAGCAAGGUUAGUGCAAAACUCCCAAAAACUCAAUUUUUUUAAAUUGCAUCAAAUAAUAUUCAGCGAGGGAAAUGCGCACCUGCAACUAGAACUCGCUGAACAUCAAGUCCAACACCUGAACACAAAGCUCGAAAGACUUGAAAAGACAAACGACCAUCUGAACAAAAAGUAGUUUGCCACCUGUUGAAAAUAGAGGAAAAUUUAAAUUGAGAAUCAUUGAACUGGAGGAAAAUAGCGGGCUAUCGAUUCCAUCUAAAGGAGAAGUUUAUAAAUAUGGAGAGCUCAGUUGAAAAUGAAAUUUAGUUCAAACUAACACCCGAAAUGGAACGAGAUAUGUCAAAAAUGAUAGCCACGAUCAGCGAUCUUGAACGCAAAAACUUGGAAUUGACGGUUCAAUUGAAACAAAUGGAAGCAAAAAACAACUUCAAAAACCCAAACUUCACAGGUUUGUAUAUAUAAUUCAGAGAUGAUCCAAUUAUUUUUAUUUACAACAAUUUCGUUGCCUUUCCAGUUUCCGGAGCUACAACACUAGAACUGAGGAGCGAGCAAGAGAAACGCAAAACCCUAGAGGCACAGUUAACAGAGCUUAAAGCCACUGUAUUCAAGUCAGACAAUCAAAAAGUCAUUGCUCUUGCUACAAAGGUUAACUCUGUUUUUUACUGCGGGAAAUACAAGUUUUUCUCAAGAUUGAACAGCUGAACGCCCACUUGAAUUUGGUUAACGAACGAUGUACAACUUUGCACAAGAAGCAGCCUAGAGACGCUGGCUCUGGCCAAUACGUAGUAGGAUGAACUUUCCUUUUUUCUGUUUGAUAUAAAACUCCAGGACGACUUGAAAAGCCGUAUAGAACUCCUAGAGAGGCAGCUAAGCGAACGAAGAGCUUCAGAAAUAGUUAGUGAGAUACAAGGCAGUGUUCCUACUGUCGACGAGGUUUUAUUGGAAUUUUCUUUCUAGACUAACAUUCGUUUUCAAGAUUGAACAAUGCUGUGAAGUUCUAGCUUCAAUAGAACUUCAAACCGGUCGUCUAUGCAAGCAAAUCGAGAGAAUCGACCAAGCUCAGAAGGUAAAUUAAAAAAGAGAUUUGUAAUUGUAAUUGUAAUUGACUAUUUUAAUUACAGGAUGAGAGACGGAGAUCUUUAUCUAAAGAAAGUGGGGCCACCAUCAUUGCAGAAAUCGCCAACGUCAUGCAAGAACUCAAAACAGUCCACACCGCGCUUGACAAAAUCAAAGUAUGUUUAAAAAUUGAGGACUUUUCUUCAGAUUUUCAUUUAAAAAAAAACGACAUCUUCAAAAUUUUACAUGGUGCAAUAAAUCAAAAAAAAAUUGUUUUGAUUUCCUUAACGGGAGCUAGUUUUCAUACCAAAGUCUACGUUUUAAACACACGGGUUACCAAACUCAAAAAGUUAUUUCCAGUCCUGCAAGCCAAGCUCAGUCUCCAAUCAAGCUCCAAUAAAGGAACUUCAAGAAAUUCGUGAAUGCACAAAGUGCGCCCAGAAUAACCAGGUAACCAGGUUCACCUGAGUAUUUAUAAUAAUGCAUUUGUCAGCUCAUCGAAGAGCAAUUGAAUGAAAUCUCUUUCUACAAGAAAAAGAACAAGGAUCUCACAAAUCAGGUGAUUUACGACUUCAAUUUUCUUCUAUAAACUUGGUUUACAGGUUUUGCAAACAGAAGACAGGUGGACCAUUGAAAUCGAGAAACAAAGACAGAUCUUCGAAAACGAGGUUUCUACAAUGUAGAGCUCGAUCUUCAUUUAUCAAAAGCAACUUUUAGAUAAAAACUCUUGGCCUCCGGAUAGGGGACUCAAAAAGGCUGACAGAAGAACAACACGAACUUCUUGAGUCGAAGUCAGCUUCUUUGGUUGAAAAAUCACGCGCUUUGGAAGAGUUGGGAGACAGAAAUAGAAAACUUUCCGCAGAAGUUGAGGCGCAAAUCAAAGAAAUUCAGGUAUAAUCUUUCGAAAAAAUAUAGCAUACAAGUGUUCUUGUUUUUGAGGAAAAAUAUAUAACAAUGAACACUUUCAUCGUUUCAGGAGCUUCGAGCAGAGCACAAGAGCGUUAAAGAGUUUGAAAUAAAAUACAGAAAACUAGAAAGCAUUUUUGAUACUGAACGGGAAAAAAUGAACGGAGAACGAAAUCGCACUAAAAACGAGCUGGCAGCCAUGAAGAAAAUGAAAGACGACAUCGAAGAGCAUUUAAGUACGUAUGAAAAGGUAUUUUUACAGUAAUUCGUAGCUUUUCAGAGAAAACAAGCGAUGAACAGAAAAAGAACGAAGUGAAUUGGCGCCAAGAAAAAUCUUGCUUCGAGAAAGAAAUCCUUAUUUUGAAAAAACAGUUGCCAGAACAAACAGAAGAAAUGGAGAAAGGUUUGAUUCAAUCAUCUUAUUUCUUAAUAGGACUUUACAGCUUCUUUUACGCCGACAAGAGCAGAUAAUUCCUCACCCAACAAGCGAGACAACGAGAAAAUCGUCGUUAUCGAACUAAAAAAAGAAAUAGCCGUUUUAGAACGAAAGGUAACAUUUUUUUCAUCAUUUUUCUCUGCAAAAAAAAAGAGAUACAGAAUGCCGAUCUGGAGUCACAGCUAGAAGACGUCAAAAUCUCUAACGCUGAACUCAAGGACCAAUUAUCGAAAGCUCAAACGGGGUGGCAAAAGGACAAGGAAGCUUUUCAGCACAAAAUCCGCCAGACAGAAAAGGCUUGAUUGGUAUAUUUAAGAGUGAAUAUCUCUAUUUUAGAUUCGAACGGUUGAGAUUGAUGCAAUGCAGCAGAAGUUUAGCAGCAGAAUGAGAAUUAUGGAAGAUACUAACAAGUCGUUGCACUCACAGGUUUCUGCGAUUCAUUUCGAACCUAAUCACUUUCUGAAUAGCUGGUCCUUGCAAGACGAGAACGUGACAGUCACAAAGAAUCCCUGGCAACAUUCGAAAAACAAGUCGCAGAAGAGAGAGGCGUGCAGAAGACAAAAGAGAAAAAUGUUUCCGAAAAUGGCGAGAAAAUAAAAGAGCUGGUUAGUUCUGUAACUUCAAAACAAAAAAAAAUAACCACGAAGGCAUGUUAUUGGAAAGUCAAUCUCUUUUUUUCAGCAAAAAAAGCUGGCCGAAAAAGACGAAGAGCUUGAAAGAUUGAACACUGAUUUGAGACUGACAAAGGAAGCAAGAAAAGCUGAUCAAAUUCUUUGGAACAUCGACAGAGCCAGGGGUUUUCUGAAGUUUCUUUUCUAAAGAUCGAGGACUCUUGAAGGAAGAAGUGAAAAAACAACGGAUAGCGAUCACAGUGGAAUAGACGAUCUCCGAAAACAGUAUCGAGACUAUGAAGCCUUCUACACAAAAGUGAAUCCAUUUUCUCAGAACUUCAUUCAAAAAAAUUUUUGCAGGAAAUGGAAAGACUCAAUGAGAAAAUAAAUCAAGUAACGAUAGAAAAAACUACUCAGAAAGCAGAAGCACAAAAAACGAUCAGAGAGGUAUCAGUGAAUCCUAUCGAAGCAAUAAUCAAUUAUGUCAGCUUCGAGAAACGAUUCGCGUGCAUGAAAUUGAAAAAAAGAACCUUUCUCAGAACAAAGAUACUCAGCAGGUCGCGAAGGUUUAAUGAAUUUUUGGAAAAAUCAUUUAUUCAUAUUUUCAGGAAAUGGUUGAGUCGGAAAGAGAACGUUUGCAACAAAUGGUACAUUUACACGAACUUCAGAAGCUAACAAGAAAGUACCGGUUGAGCAGUAUAAUUGAUCAAGUAAGAAAAAGUGGACUGCUACUUGAUUUUUUCACUUGCAGCUACAAUAUGUCAGCGAAACAACACGAAAAGUGUCCCGAGAUGCAGAGCCAGAUGGAAUCAGAUACAUUAUCAGCCAACUUCUUGCCCUUCGAGACGAUGAAAUCCAAAACAACAUGAACGCGUAAGUGUUUUGAGUUAUUUGCAUUUGGAUGAACUUGAAAAUAUUGAGAACUCUAGAGAAAAGUUUUUUUUUGCGCUUUCAUCUGAAUUCCGUUCCCAGAUAGAACCUCAGACACGCUGGAAGCACAGAAUCAAUGACGUUUGACAAUAUACACAAAGAAUUAUAAAAGUUUUGCCCUGAAAUACUCUGAAAACUGAUUUUUUUUUUUAAAGUCGAAAAUUUACUUCUUUGCACGUUUUCUCAGUUUCAUUUCCCGUUUCUGAGUUUGACUAAGCAGAGAAGAACGUUGUGGCUCUGCAAUGGGAGACAGAAUCUCGAACGGAUAUGCUCCGUCGAUGAGCGAGUGCGGCGAAGGCACCUACGACAACAUCAGCCAGUCUUCUUUCUCGGUCCGCUCUGUGAACAGCGCCAAUGUCCGGCAAGCAUUCAGGUACUGGAAAUUCAGCUUUUCUCCGUUCUUCAGUUUCAGUCAAGAACUUACAUUAGCUUCUUCGUAAUCAAACACUUGGGCUUCAAUACAAACUUUAGCGCAAGAGUGAUUAUAACAAGAUUUUUGAGUUUCGAAACAUUUGAAAACUUUACUCUCUUUGUGCGUUUACUUGGGUUCACUGGCUCAGUUCUCUACUUGCUUUUUCUUUUCUAUCGCACAUUCUUUUAUGCUUUUGAAAAUAUUUUUCACAUGAGAUUUGUUCUCAAUUUGAAAGCCCCAGCAAAUCCCAGCACUUUAGUUUGCAUGAAAGGCAUGCAUUCAGACACGUUAACACAGCGACCACAACAUCUGCGAAUCCAGCAACUACAGCGUCCGUUUCUCAAACCGUCAGCCUCACAGAAGCCUUAUAUAGCAAGCCAGAAAAACUAAGCACUCGAACUCUGCCUUGCCAGAAAAAGCGGGCCUUCAGGUGAACUUUGCAUGACUUACUUCUAUACUAAGUUAGCAACUUUUUCUAUUAUAAGUAGGACUUUUUGGUUGGCUACUUGCUAGAAUUUAUUAGAAACACAUAACAUAACAAAUUUUUUUCCAAUUUUAAAACCGGAAUUCCGAAGGCUGGUUAUCAAAAAUUUAUUUGAUAAUUACAGUUCCGAUCAGUCUAAUGGGUACGACAGAUAUGGGCGUCCAUUGAAAAAGUAUUCUGAAAGCUAUGGCAGCAACGUCUUAGGUUGAAACCUUUUUCAACGCAUCCAUAUUUGACAGUUCAGAUGUACCCUCUUCAAGAAAAACUUCUACCAGCGAUGGAAAUAAAUUCCAAGUUCCCAGAACGGCUUCCUUUGACAAUCGAAGUCAAUACAGUGAAGAUGAACAAGACAACGGGCAUCCUCGCACUAAUAGCGCCGGUAAUCUAGAUUUCACGAAAAUAUCUCAUAUUUUCUUAAGGAACAAAUAUAUUAUAUCAAAUUCGUCGAGAAGAACUCGCUCGAGGAGGAAAACCUUCAGUGAAACUGAUGGCCAAAGCUUUUGAGUCUAUCGAUGAGCCGAAGCACGAAAAACGUGGUUUCUUCGGUAUUCGAAAGUCUCGGUCUGUUGAAACAACGCCAAAACAAACUAGAAUGGUUGAAGUGCAAAUUUUGAUGAGAUAACCUUUUUUUCAAGGAAGAAGCUGCUGACCGUGCUUUGAUCCAUAUGCACAGCCUUAGUCAAGUAAAUGAAGGAGUAACAAGUAAUUACGCCACUCUUCCUCGAGGUGACUUACCUCUGAGAACGAUCUCCUCACCUUCGUUCAAUUUCAGCAGGAGGACGGAAUCCUUUCAAAAACAUGGGCUCUCGUUUGGUGGAGAGAGUUCGACGGAGCUUGUCCAGAUCGAGUCGGCAAUCAAAAGAUAGCGACCGGGAAGAGGAGAUUGAAGUAACAGUUGUUAAAAAGGUGACUUCGAAAUGUUUUUGUUUGCUCAAACCGUUUUUCCAGCCCGAAAAACCAAUAUCCUCUCCGAAAAAGACAAAGAAGAAAUCUGCGGAAUCUAAAGCGAGAAAAACUUCAUCGGGAUCAAUUUCCUGA